CUGUGCGGCGUGCUGCGUGCGCUGGCUCGGGCCGCUCCCUGUGCCGCCCUGUGGGGAAGAGGGAAGCGGAAGAGCUGUUCUGCGGGGUUCGAGCUGGAGACUCCGGAGCGCCUGAAGGCGGGGUAGCGGCGGCCGAGAGGGGAGCACCCCGCAGCGGGCACGGCCGGCGAUGCUUGCGGCCCCGUGCCUGCUCCGAACCCUGCGCUGCCUCUGCUCCUCCGCUCCCCGCCCGAGGGGCAAGGCUCGGGGCAAGCUGAGCGUGCGGGACGCCCUCAGGGCCCAGCCCCGGAGUGGGGAGCGCGUUAAAGUCCAGGGGUGGAUUCGUUCAGUCCGAGCCCAAAAGGAAGUCUUGUUUCUGCAUUUAAACGAUGGGUCGUCUUUGGAAAGCCUUCAAGUUGUUGCAGAUGCAAGUUUUGACAGUAGAGAUUUGGCUUUUGGGAGUUCUGUGGAAGUCCACGGACAGCUGGUAAAAAGUCCAGCUAGAAAGCAAAAUGUGGAAAUGAAGGCAGAGCACAUUGAAGUUAUUGGAAAUUGUGACGCCAAGGCUUUCCCUAUCAAGUAUAAAGAGAGGCAUCCCCUGGAGUAUUUGAGACAGUAUCCUCACCUGAGGUGUAGGACGAAUGUCCUGGGGUCUAUAUUGAGGAUUCGCAGUGAAGCCACAGCUGCUAUCCAUUCUUUCUUUAAGGACAAUGGCUUUGUGCAUAUUCACACUCCAAUAAUCACAUCCAAUGACUGCGAGGGGGCUGGAGAACUUUUUCAAGUUGAACCAUCAAGCAAGAUAAAAGCAUCUGAGGGGAAUUUCUUCGAUGUUCCUGCUUUCCUGACUGUUUCUGGACAACUUCAUCUGGAAGUGAUGUCAGGAGCUUUCAAUCAAGUAUUUACCUUUGGUCCAACAUUCCGGGCUGAGAAUUCUCAGAGCCGGAGACACCUGGCGGAGUUUUAUAUGGUGGAAGCAGAGAUUUCUUUUAUUGAGAAUCUUCAAGAUCUCACACAGAUUAUGGAGGAUCUCUUCAAGACCUCAGCAAUGACAGUGCUCUCAAAUUGUCCUGAAGAUGUUGAAGUCUGUCACAAAUUCUUAGCUCCUGGCCACAAGGACAGAUUAGAACAUGUGCUAAAAAGCAACUUCUUAACCAUUUCUUACACUGAAGCAGUAGAAAUCUUGAAGAAAGCAUCCCAGAACUUCACCUUCACCCCAGAGUGGGGUGCCGAUCUGCAAACCGAACAUGAAAAGUACCUGGUGAGGCACUGUGGCAACAUACCUGUCUUCGUCAUCAAUUACCCCUUAGCACUCAAGCCUUUCUACAUGAGGGAUAAUGAAGAUGGCCCUCAGCGCACAGUUGCAGCAGUUGACCUUCUAGUUCCUGGAGUUGGGGAACUCUUUGGAGGAAGCCUCAGAGAAGAGCGGUACCAUUUCUUAGAGCAGCAGCUGGCCAGAUCAGGACUCACAGAAGCCUACCAGUGGUAUCUGGACCUGCGUCGAUUUGGAUCUGUGCCACAUGGAGGUUUUGGGAUGGGAUUUGAACGCUACCUGCAGUGCAUCUUGGGAGUUGACAAUAUCAAAGACGUUAUCCCCUUUCCACGGUUUACUCAUUCGUGCCUUCUGUAGCUUGAAGACGAGUUAAGGAAAAGCACCCCAUGGCCAAGGCACUGCUCACAAAUACAAGGGAAUCUGUGUGGUCUGGUUUUUUGAGAUGUAGAUUUCAGCAUAUUGUUUUGCUGUAAGAGAGAACAUGAAAAACAGAAGUAAUUGUGGUUUUCUUAGAAAGUCAAGCACAUUUCAUGAAAAGAUAAACUCCCUGAAGAAGAGAUAUUUAUAGCAGGUGUAGUCUAAUAUGUUAACCUGCAUCUAGAGUAAGUUAAGAAACUGAACCAGAUGUCUCAAAGAUUCUUUCCAACUCUAAGAAUGACAGUCUAUUUUACUUUGUCUUUAAUCAUUAGAUCACUUGCCUUUGUAACUUUUGAAAAACAACUAUUAAAUAAAACUAAAUGUAUUUUUUUCUCCCUUGCUGUUUUAAUCUAUAGUAAAUGCACAUCUUAUUCUGUGUUUUGUGAAACAUUGCAAAAGAAAACCUUCUUUAGAUGUCUUAACUUAAAUGAUUUACUCUUCCAAAUUGAAAUUUUUCAUUAUACUAGAUGAAAAAAGUCAUAUUUAAAAGCUGUUGACUACUAAUUACAAAAGCUAAUGAGACACUGCAUUAAUUUGAAAUAUUUAUUGUUUUGCUAUAAUAAUGUUUAGAACUUUAAUAAUUAUUAAAAGAUUUUUAAAAAUUUGAGAGACAGAUGAAUAGAUGUCACAUCAACUAGCUUACUCCCCCAUGCCCGCAAUAGCUAGGGCUUGACCAGGCCAAAGCCAGAAGCCGGGAACCGCAUUUGGAUCUUGGAUUCCAGGGUUAUGGUCCCAACUACUUGAGCCGUCACUUACUGUCACUUGGGGUACGUGUUGUCAAAGCAGAAUGGGACUGUAACCCAGGCCUUCUGAUGUGGAAUGUGGGUAUACCAAGUGGGUGUUUUAGCUUCUGUGCCAACCACUCACCCCUGCAAGAUGGGUUUUUUAAUUGACACAGUCAAAUGGCUUUAUUUCAAAAUUAAAUUUGAUCCUCUCCCAAACUUGGAAGAAGGAUUUUUAAAGGCAGAUGAGGGUGGAAAUACUACCAUGCCUGUGGGUUACAGUCAAAAAAUGGCAUGGUCUCUUAGGGUGAGAAGAGCACUGAUUUGGGAGUUUGACAAUUGACAGUUGGAACUACUUGGAAUAAACUUCCAAAAAAUGCUUGAUUUUAAGUGAGUGAGUUAUAUAUUCAAAUGUAUGGACCUACAUCAAAACACAUAGUCAAUAGAAUUCAAAUGCAUCAAAAAUUAUAAAUGGGCAUGCAUACUCAAUCAAUUUUCAGAGUCUCAUUAGAUGAGUCUCUUGGCUUUUUUCCUGAUAAGUUUGUUAGUAUACUUUAUUUUCACCUAAUUUAAAAUCAGACAGCUUCAAAGAAAUGAGCUUGAGAAGCUUAGAGUUGGAAGACAACUGAGAGGUUGUCAAAAUGACCUUCUGCCUGAUACAGAGAAAUGCCGUAUGCCUGGGUCCUUGGUUCUCCAGCCUCUAAUUGGUAAAGAGCUCAUUAGGCCUCCAAGUUGCUCAGUCUCUUUCUGAAUCUUUCUAAUUGGGAGCUUUUGCUCAGCUAAAAUCUACUGCCCUGGAACUUUAAUCCCUUGGUCUUAGCCACCCAGUUUACGAAUGGAUGAAAAAGAUAACUGGGGCUUCCACAGGCUUGCCUCAACCACAAUUACAGAGAGAAAUGCAUUUGUUUAUUCAAAAACUAUAGGAGCUUCUUUAGUAUGCUGACUCUGUUUGGUGAUAGAUAAACAGUUGUGAGCAAAGUAGAAAUGGCUCACCGUCAUGGAGUAUUCAGUCUAUUGGAGAAGAUAAAGAAUACUUAAAUGUAUUAUUUCAAAAUAUGGUGUGUACAGUAAAGGUAUACAAAGAACAGAUACAAGAUGAUACGUAACCUUAGACUAGAAGAUAAAUUGCAGAAGCUAUUUUAAAGCAUUGACAACAUUGGCCUGUGUUGAUUUGCCAUUCAAAUCUUCCUCUAUAUCCUGUUAUUUUGUAAAGAAUGAGUUGCUCAAAUACCUGAAACCUAAAGACACUGUAGUUUCCAAGAUUGUCAAGAAUUCUGUCUUCUCAGAUUUUUGAGUUAACAAAAUUGUACUAUGAACAUGAUAGCAUCCAAAAUAACUAUGAUAAUAAAAAAAAAAUUCCCAAUUUAGGGAGACUCCAGGUUCUUGCCCCAGCACUGCCACUAAUUUAACUGUGGAGCAAUAGGCACAAAAAAUAGCCUCCAGUUGCUUCGUCUCCAAAUCUAU